AUGAGACCAUUGAUAUCAUUGCUUCUGGUGGCAUCGUUGGCCAGUGCCUUGAUUCUGGGGCAGUGUGCUAUGUACGAUGAUUGCGGGAAGAAGCUGGUGUUUGGCCAAUCGCUCCCGUGUGCUGCACCUCACCCGCCAGUCAAACCCGACCCCGAGGUCGCCACCAAAAUCAAAGCAAUUUGCGGAGAAGAAUUUGAUACGGAUCUUGUGUGCUGUCUGCCCUCCCAAGUCCAGUCGUUGGAGAAGCAAUUGAAGAAAGUGGAUCCAAUUAUCCAGCUGUGUCCAGCAUGCCAUAAGAACUUUUACGAUUUCAUUUGUCAAUUCACCUGUUCACGUAAGCAAGGAGAGUUUAUUAAAGUUGUCAAUACAGAAACUUCCAUUGACAAGCACGAGGAAAUCAUUACUGAGCUUGAUCAAUUUGUGAACCCAGAUUACGCAGAAAAGUUCUAUGACAGUUGCAAAGAGGUGAAGUUUGGUGCUACCAAUGGCAGAGCAAUGGACCUCAUUGGUGGUGGUGCCAAAAACUACCUGCAGUUCUUGAAAUUCAUUGGUGAUGAGAAGCCGAUGUUGGGGGGUCUGCCAUUCCAAAUAAACUUCAAGUACUCACCAGAAGAUGGUUACCUCCUCAGAGGUGAAAAGAGCGAUAUGAAGCUGUGUGACGACAAGGACUAUCGUUGUGCAUGUACCGAUUGUCCGAAACUGUGCCCCAAGCUUCCAAAAUUUCAUAACUACCGCAAGCACUGUACCGUGGGUAGUCUUCCGUGCUUCUCAUUCGCCAUAGCCAUAACAUGGAUCUGUCUUUUGGGAGUUUUGGCAGGAUAUCACAUUUAUUUAGCCAAGACGCGUCUGAUUGGACUCGACGAUGACGAUGGUGACCUUGAAAUUCUGCCCUUGAGUUAUAACUCCAACUCAUUUUUGGCGAAACUUCUGAAAGUUCAGCAGCAAAUGUUGGAGUCAUUUGAGAACUCGUUUGCAAGGCUCGGUCAAUUCUGUGCUCAACAACCUGUGAAAGUGAUCGUGACAAACUUGAUCUUGUGCUUGAUAUUUGCACUGGGUUUGUGGAAGCUUCAACUUGAACAUGAUCCCAUCAAAUUAUGGGUACUGAACCGUGAAACUGAACUUCACAAUAAGCAGUACUUCGAAUCGCAAUUUGGAGAAUGGUUCCGAAUUGAGCAAAUCAUAGUUAGCAGCAAUGACAAGAAGCCUGUUCUUGAUUGGGACGUGGUCAAGUGGUGGUUCCAACGGGAAAAAGAGUUGCUCUCUUUAAAUGACGACUAUGACGAAUUGUGUUAUAAGCCGUUAGGCGACUCUUGUGCUGUUGAACUGUUCACCCAAUGGUUUGAUGGCGAUAUCGAUCGAUUGAGCCGUGAAACGUGGUCAACACUGUUGCGGAAAUGUGCAAGGCUGCCAGUUGAGUGUUUACCUUCCUUUCAGCAACCAUUAUCGCCUCAAUUAUUAUUCGAUGAUGAUGAUCCUACUGAAGCUAAAGGUUUUGUUAUUACAUUAUUGGUGAAUUCCAAUUCUACCAAUUCGAAAUACACUGCUAAGGCUGAACGUUACGAACGAGAACUUUUGAAAUGGGUGUCCAAACUUCACCAUCCCCGUCUCAACAUUGCCUAUUCUACCGAAGCAAGUCUUGAGACUGAGCUCAACAAGCUGCUGAACACUGAUUUCAAUAUCGUUGCUAUGCUGUACUUGGCAAUGUUCAUAUACGUGGCUUUUGCAUUGGGUGGCCAUAUUCCCAAAACCGAGAAUGACUUUGUUCACACGCGCAUCUCGCUUGCACUUGCUGCAGUUGUGAUUAUUAUUCUUCUGGUUUUAGCGCUGGCAGGGUUGUGUGCGUUCUUUGGAAUCAAGCUGACGCUCAUCAUUGCCGAAGUUAUACCUUUCCUUAUUUUAGCCAUUGGCGUUGACAACGUAUUUUUGUUGGUUGAUGGGUUAGAACUGAUUAGCGGGCAGUUCCCCCACGAUUCAAUGGAAAAGCGCGUGGGGAAGAUGCUAGCACGAGUGGGACCUCUGUGUGCAACGCUGGCGUUGAUUCAAAUAGCUUUGUUUGCCCUUGCCACUGCAGUUGACAUGCCUGCAGUGCGUAACUUUGCAAUCUACAGUGCUUGUGCCAUCGCAAUCAACUUCACGAUCCAAAUGACAGGCUUGGUUCUGUUACUCUCACUUGAUCAACAGCGAGUCCAGCUGAAUCGUAUGGACGUGUUCUUUUGGAAGCAUGCACCGAUCCAGCUCAACUCGCCUCAGGGAACUCCUAAAGAAUCGUGGUCCCUUUCUAAAUGGUUCAAGAAGGAGUUUGCCCCCUGGUUACUUGAUCCGACUAACAAACCAAAGAUCGCAACUCUAUUUGUGGUUUGGUUUGGUAUUCUGCUUCUGUUGCUACCCUAUAUCGAAUUGGGACUUGACCAGCGUCUUGCUCUUCCAUCUAAUCUGUAUCUCGUUCCAUAUUUCAAUGCGGUUUACGAGCAUCUUAACCAGGGUCCGCCUAUGUUUUUGGUGGUUCGUGACGCCGAUGUAACCAAACGCCUGAUUCAAAAGCAGCUCUGUGGCAAGUUCUCGGGCUGUGACGAAUUUCUGGUCGCCAACGUGCUUGAAAUGGAGUAUAAGAGAAGUAAAAAGCUGACCAUUGCCCAGCCCGCGUCGAACUGGGUUGACGAUUACCUUGGUUGGCUCAACCCCACCUUGGAUCAGUGUUGUCGAGUUCGCAAAACCAAUCCCGAUGAAUUUUGCCCGCCUUCUGCUCUGCCUCGACAAUGUGAAGUGUGCUAUCACGACAAGACAUACGAUCUGUUUAUGAAUGGAUUCCCUCAAGGUCAUGAGUUCAUGCAUUACUUUGAGGCGUGGAUUUCCGCUCCCAGUGACCCAUGUCCCUUGGGUGGUGCUGCUCCAUAUUCGGGAGCCAUCAACUGGAACCUGCUGGGCGUAGAACUGCUGUUUUUCCGCACGUUCCAUACGCCGCUUCGACUGCAGUCUGACUUUAUUGUUGCCCAUCGCAACGCCAAAAGAAUCGUUAAAGAAGUUAGCGACUACCACCCACUGUUGGACGUGUUUGCAUACAGUCCGUUCUACAUCUACUUCGUCCAAUAUGAUACCAUCGUUAAGCUCACGCUGGUAUUACUUUCAGUGGCGGCCAUCCUAAUCUGGGGUGUCGGCGUUAUCACCAUUGGUUCAGUAUCUCUGGUGCUGGUUAUGGUUGCUGUCGUGGUAAUGAUCAUUGUAGGUGUUGGCGGAGCCAUGGCGAUAUGUGGGAUUCUGUUGAACGCCGUAUCGCUUGUGAAUCUAAUUAUCUGUGCUGGUCUUGCCGUGGAAUUCUGCAUUCACUUAACUCGAGCUUACACAACGUCGGUCGUGUACGACUCCGACGAGGCGCUGUUGUACCGCGACUUAGUGUCUACGGGUAUUAUUGAUGACCCUAAAGCCGGAGUGAACCAGCUCAAAGCAUAUCAGGCACUCACGACUAUCGGCCCGCUGGUGUUACUGGGGAUCACCACCACGAAAAUCAUCGGCAUAGGGGUGUUGGCAUUCACCCGUCUGCAGAUUUUUGAAGUCUACUAUUUCCGCAUGUGGGCACUGUUGAUACUAAUAGCGCUGUUGCAUGCUCUCGUGUUAUUGCCUGUUAUGCUCCUGUACUUCGGCGAUCUGACCAAACCGAAGUACACUAUUGUGCUGAACUAG